GUUCGACGUUAAAUGCCAUCGAAAGCACAGCAGCGACGACGACAACGACAAUGGCGGCGAGCAUUCCAAUGCCAACGGCGUCAGCAACAGAAGUGGCAGCAGCCGCAAAAUCAUUUUCAACAGAAAAUAGAACUAACACUUUGAGGUGGAGUACAACGAGUCAAGAAUUUUUCUCGAUAGCGAAUUCGCUUAAAGCGGGUACAGUUCUUCGGGCUCAUUCCAUUAGUUCAUCCACAGGGGGUGGGCUGGAGGCCGAGGUUAAGGCAAAGUCAUCAAUAACAGCGUCAACAAAGGACGUAGGGCUGAAGGACGGAGCCGUUACUCAAAGUAGUGGGAAAAACGCUGUCGGAGAGGCAGAAGUGGCGAUAGCCAUUGCCGAUUACAACUUUGCUACAGAAAUUUCUACUACGCAAAUUACAAAAACACUUGAAAAGGCGUCACAAUCUGAAUUGAAAGAAGCCACAGUGACAUCAGCAACAGCAGGUAAAGCAUUCAGCGGAAGUUCAACGCAGUCAACAAGAAAAGUUGAUGUGACAACAAAGCGAACAAAGGUAUCAUUAAGUCGCUUAGUAACUGUUGAUAAGGAGAAUGGCCAGCAAGCCGCUGGUGAGAGAGGUGAGAGAGGUGAAAGACGUGAAAAUGGCGGAAGCCCAGGUGACCCAAUGGUUGCCGAGUCAACAACUGCUGUGACACCCGUUGCUGUAGUGACCACAAGAAUAGCACCAAUUUCAAAAACUGAGGCGAACUUGGCUUCAACGAUAAGCAGAGCGACAACAAUAGAAUCGCUGUCGGCAGCAGCCGCUUCGCAACUGGUUGCAACAUUGUUUCCGAUAAGAACGAUAAGCGACGAAAGUUCAAAACAGCAGAAAUAUCAAAACGCCUCAGGCAGUGUGCGUGCCUACAGUCAGGUGGACAUACAUAACAGCAAACACAAUUACAAUUACGACUACAACAAAAUGCUGAUUGAAGCCCGAGGUGGCAAGGACAAUAACAACCCUGACGUCAGUGCCGGCACUAAACACAUUAGUAGUGAAAAUACACAACGAUGGCCAAUGCAGCAGCCACAAACCCACCCUCUACAGCGUCCAAAGAUACAGAAAGGCGACAACCACACCGACACCGACAGCGACACCGGCAGCGAUAGCGAUAGCGAUAGCAGUAAUAACAGCAAUAAUUUCCUAUACAACAGCAAUAACAAUUACUUUAGUAGUCACCAAAAUGCUGCCAGCAAUAUACUCAUGAUGCAGCAACAACAACCACUGCGGCAGCUACGUCAACAAUACGCUCGUCAAGUGCAACAACAGCCACCCUUUUCAGCAAUAAUAUUAACACCGGCAACGUCGUCAACGACAUCAGCCAUCGCCGCAGCAAAUGAUAGCAAUUUGAUUAGCAACGUCAUUCAUUAUAAACAAACGCCGGCGAAUACGAACAAAUCAACGCUGAUGAAAAAUAGAAAAAGUACCCAGCCGAUGGAGCUCCCCUCUACGCUCAGUGUUAACAGCGUUUCAUUGACAACAGUGACGUCAAAGUCUGGAUCGAACGCGUUGGCUGGAGCAGCAUCUGGGGCAUUAGGCGAGCGCGAGCCUAUGAACGGCACUACAACCGCUUCUCCAUUUCCUACAGUGACAACCAAUAUAGUGAAAUCGACUACCAGACGCCCGCCACCAACCACCACACCAAGGCCAACGCCAUCCAUAGACGACUACCAGACAGUGAUCAGCCAGGCGGGCACACAUGCCUAUCUCCCGUGCAAU